AUUUCAAACGUAUUAUAAAAGUUGCCUGGAUGAUUGUUGGAUUUCACACCGAUUUUAAUUUUAGACUGCCCCUAAAGCUUAAAUUUAGCAGUUGUACAAUAAAAUCUGACCGCACUGAAAAAAUUAGGCAAAAAGAUCUUUCUAAGGUGUUUAAAGUUCCUAAAAAUAAGAUGUAUUCUCUUCUUGGAAUUUGUGCAUUCAGAUACCAAGACGGUGAUGAGGAUGUAGAGUCUACAAUUAUUAUUGGUCAUCACCUUUGCAAGAAUGAGCAAACUAAUCAGUAUGUUUUUAUCAAGAUUGAAGGAAAAGAAGUAGACAAGCCAUUAGAAAUGCAUGGUAUUCUUAGUACUGAUCGAACACAUUUAGAAAUGACAUGGAAUAAAUGGAUAAACAUCCGAUCUUUAAAGGCCAAGAAUGGGAUAGUUAUUCCAUUAAAGAAGAUAGAGAUAAAACUUUUCUUUAGUCUUUUAUGUGAGGAGAAGGAUUGUUCCCCAUAUUUGUAA